AUGAGCUCCGAGUACGACCAGGAUACGGGACCCUUGGACGUCGUCAAAACACCGGAUGAUGUGCGAGCAGAUCCUUAUCCAUUACCAGCCCAAUUUGAGUGGUGUACAUGCGAUGUGGGCAACGAUGCUGAGAUCAUGGAGAUCUACACGCUUUUGACGGAAAACUAUGUCGAAGAUGAUGACAGUAUGUUCCGCUUCGACUAUUCCACGGACUUCUUGCGAUGGGCGUUACAGCCACCCGAGUACUUGAGGAAUUGGCACCUGGGCGUUCGGGUCAAAGGUGGUGGCAAGCUUGUGGGCUUUAUCACAGGCAUCCCUGCAAAUAUCCAGGUCUUCGACAAAACUAUCCAGAUGGCAGAGAUCAAUUUCCUCUGCGUUCACAAGAAGCUGCGGUCCAAACGGCUGGCCCCAGUACUCAUCAAGGAGAUCACGCGUCGCGUGAAUCGUGAGAAUGUUUGGCAAGCCGUAUACACGGCUGGAGUGGUCUUGCCCAGACCUGUCAGUGAGUGCCGAUAUCAUCAUCGCUCCCUGAAUCCGAAGAAGCUCAUCGAGGUUGGCUUCUCGCACCUGGGCCAGCGUAUGACCAUGGCCCGGACCAUCAAGCUUUACAAGGUUCCAGAGGCUUGCCAGCUGCCCGGCAUGCGGGAGAUGAAGAAGGAGGAUGUUCCGAGGGUGCAUGGCUUGGUGUCCAACUACCUGAAGAAGUUCCAACUGCAUCCGGAGUUGUCACCUGCAGAGGUGGAGCAUUGGAUGCUGCCGCGGGAGGGUGUUGUGUACUGCUACGUUCGCGAGAACGAGAAACGCGAGGUGACAGACGUGUGCUCCUUCUACAACCUGCCAUCCACAAUCCUAGGCCAUGAGAAGCACAACAUCUUGAAGGCAGCCUACUCCUACUGGAACGUAGCAACCACCGUCCCGUUGCAGGACUUGAUGUAUGACGCCCUGAUCCUGGCCAAGCAGCAAGACUUCGAUGUUUUCAAUGCGCUGGAUGUCAUGGAAAAUGACAGCUUCUUGAAGGACCUGAAAUUCGGGAUCGGAGAUGGCUACUUGCAGUACUACCUCUACAACUGGAAGUGCCCGAAGAUAGCGUCUCACCAGGAGUCGGCGUUGCAUACAGAGAGGCUCUUCGACGUGUUCCAUUACAAGGUGCCCCCUUGCAGUGGAUGGAAGCUGUCCCCGCAUGACUUGAAGAAGGGUGGCAAGAAGGAUGGCUACCCAGCUGCGGAGGGCGAUGAUGGCGAGGACUGGCAGAGGUUGCGGCUCUCCUUCCACGAUGUCCAAACGUCACAUCCAACAAGUUUGUGGGUCAUCACAGCCACCAUCAUACUAGAGGAGGACUCCCAGACACAGCUCCUCCACAUGCUGCGAAAGUAUGACGCAGAUGCCGGGCCUCUAGACGAGAUCAAGACGGUUGACGAUGUCCGGGCAGAGCCCUACAACUUGCCCGCGCAGUUUGAGUGGUGCACUUGCGAUGUAAGCGACGACGCCGUGAUGCAAGAAGUGUACACCCUCCUGACCGAGAAUUACGUUGAAGAUGACGACAGCAUGUUUCGCUUUGACUACUCCGUCCCUUUCCUGCGUUGGGCCUUGACGCCGCCGGAGUACUUGAGGAACUGGCAUUUGGGCGUGCGUGUGAAGGGCGGUGGCAAGCUUGUGGGCUUCAUCACUGGUAUCCCAGCCAAGAUGAGGGUCUACGACAAAUCCAUUCAAAUGGUGGAGAUCAACUUCCUCUGCGUCCACAAGAAGCUGCGGUCCAAACGGCUGGCCCCAGUACUCAUCAAGGAGAUCACCCGCCGUGUGAAUCGAGAGAACGUCUGGCAGGCGGUCUACACUGCGGGUGUGGUGCUGCCAAGGCCCGUCAGUGAGUGCCGCUACUGGCACCGGUCCCUGAACCCCAAGAAGCUGAUCGAAGUGGGAUUCUCCCACCUGGGUCAGCGUAUGACCAUGGCUCGGACCAUCAAGCUUUACAAGGUGCCGGACACGCCUCAGUUGGCGGGAAUGCGCGAGAUGCGGAAGGAGGAUGUCAGCCGCGUUCACAGCCUGGUCAGCAACUAUCUGAAGAAGUUUUCGCUGCAUCCGGAGUUCACUCCGGAAGAGGUGGAGCAUUGGAUGCUGCCGAAGCCAGGGGUCGUGUCAUGCUGGGUGCGUGAGAAUGAAAAGAAGGAGGUCACGGAUGUCUUCUCCUUCUACAGCCUGCCAUCCUCUAUUUUGGGCAAUCCGAAGCACAACUUGUUGAGAGCAGCCUACUCCUAUUGGAACGUGGCCACGACUGUGCCACUUCAGGAUUUGAUGCUCGAUGCGCUGAGCGUAGCCAAGCAGCAGGGCUUUGAUGUGUUCAAUGCCUUGGACAUCAUGGACAACGAGUCCUUCCUGAAGGACCUCAAGUUCGGUAUUGGAGACGGGUACUUGCAGUAUUACCUCUACAACUGGAAGUGUCCCAAGAUUGAGCCGCGGAGCAUCGGGUUGGUACUCUUGUAG